AUGGAUCCUUUAGUGCUUCCGACGAAACACCUACUGCGCUUUCGCUUGGUGAGAUUGGGCAUUAUAAUUUGCGCGACUGAUCUGUUCAAGCUUUGGGCAGUGGAAGAGGUUUCAACUGGUUCUGAUUCUGACUAUUCGAGUUCAUGGAUCUCUUGGUUCCUGGCGUCUAAAGGCAACGAAUACUUUUGCGAGAUCGAAGAAGAUUACAUACUGGACAGAUUUAACCUUACUGGUCUCGCUCCUGAAUGCGCUAACUACUCGCAAGCGCUGGACCUCAUUACUGAUAAUCUUGAUGAAGACAUCGAUGAUGAACUUCGCCAAUCCAUUGAGGUCCAGGCGCGCUUUCUAUACGGACUCAUUCAUGCCCGAUGGAUCAUAACCUCUCGAGGCCUCGCGAAGAUGCUGGAAAAGUACAAGAAAGCAGACUUUGGGAGAUGUCCGCGGGUCCUUUGCCACGCCCAUCCAUUGCUUCCCAUAGGCCUGACGGAUGCGCCAUACGAAAAGGCCGUUAAACUCUAUUGUCCACGCUGCGAAGAUCUGUACUCUCCAAAAUCUUCUCGCCACGGCUCGAUUGAUGGUGCUUACUUUGGCACUACGUUUCCCCACAUCCUUUUCAUGGUCUACCCUGCCAUGAUCCCUUCCAAAGGCUUGGACAAUUCAUCUUCGGCAAGAGAAAGAGAUGGACGACUGGAGAGGAGCGGGCCCAGCCAGAUCGGAAGCUCAGCCAGCACUGCUACAAUUGCACUGAAGGCAGAACAAUACCGACCCACUAUUUUCGGCUUCCAGAUUCAUGAGACAGCGAGGCUCCAACGAUGGCAGGAGGCUACCCGGGACCGCCAGAUUGCGAUAUUGGAGGAUGCAGAGCAGGACAAAUAG